CUACCGGUCAUAGGUGAUAUCGAUCAGUAUGUCACUUUGCAGGAUCCAUCUAAGAAGAAGACAUAUUCAGUGUCUGCUGUUUCGCUACGAGUUCUCAGCACCUGGCGAGGCAAAAACAUCAAAAUACAUGUGUACAUUUACUCCACCAAUGUGGAAACAAAUGCACAGUAUCGAAUCGUACUUCGAACUUUGAUUGCUCCGCAAAAUCCGGAUCGUGCUGGGGCAGAUGCAACGAGAAAUUAUGCUGAAUUGGCUGAAUAUCUGAGGAAGAGCCAUCCUGAAUUGGAGGGACACAACAGUUCAUGGCUACUUUGGGUGAAUUUUGUCCAUUCUGCAUCAGCCCAUGAUCGCGACUGGUUGAAAGACGCAAAAGCUCCACCAUUAGAGUUGGCCAAAUAUUUUCGUUGGGGAGCUGUUUCGGAAGCGGCCAGAUUGCAAGCGGUUCACAGAGUGAUGGCUGUGGCACAAACAGCGAACAGUGGAUGGGCUCGAGAGGUAAAUGAACUGAAAACCGAUCUUGAUCUCGCAGUAUCAAUUCUUCAACGAGUAUCACAAAAAGUUGAUGCGAUGGCGGCCAGAGCAGCAUUGGGAUCUGAACUUUUUGAGGCUUUGGAGUCGGCAACCCGCCCAGAAGAAACGGAAUUAAGUCACCAACUUGCUGCUAGAGUAACGGAUUGCGUCGACAUUGACCAUGCGUGAUGCUACACUGGAUGGUUUUAUGUGUGAGCGAUCGUCGGACUGCAAAACCACCGUCUCAACUACCUGAACAGGUGUUUGUUUUUAUUCUGUAGAUAUACGAUAUCACAAAAUUCGGCAACUUUUUUCUAUAAUCCAU